AUGGAUUCAAUUUCUCCCCCAGAGCCGACAAAGAUCGACUAUGAUGCGGCGAAACUAUAUGACCGCGAACCUCAGCUAAGGGAACUUCAGGAUGCUUACAGCCGAUGUCGUCAGCCCUCGGCAAAGUCCGAGUUGGUGCUGAUCACCGGGGCCUCGGGAACGGGCAAAUCUGCCUUGGCUCGUUCUCUGGCGCCCAAAAUCGAAGAGGAGGAAGGCUUUUUCCUCAGUGGGAAAUUCGACGAACAAAUCCACAAACCUCACGGCCCUUUCCUGGCGGCGGCCGAGGAAUUCUUGACACAAAUGGCAUACCGUGACAGUCAAGUCGCAAAAGCAAUAAAAGAAAGCAUCACAGAAGGAGUUGGAUCCGAAGUGUUCAUCCUUGUAAAGGCUAUACCUGGUCUCGGCCAGUUUUUAAAUACCAAAGAAGAACAACCAGAACCCUUGUCAGAUGCCGAAACUUUGGAUGAAUCUGUUGCUAGUGGAAUCGAUUUGGACAGUUCCUCAAGUCAUUCCUUCAAAGUGGGCAUGUCCACACCUAACCCGGCCAGAUUUGUGGCCGCGUUUUGUCUCUUUCUUCGGGCCAUUGCUUCUCAAAAACCAGUUGUGUUACUCUUAGACGACGUGCAGUGGAUUGACGAAUCUUCCUUGGAUAUCCUCACUGCUUUGGUGACUUGCAGCCAUGGGCAAACAGCGCAACAAAAUUUGCUAGUGGUAGGAACCUGUCGCGGAAAUGAAGUGGGCAAGCAUGAUGUGCUGUCGAUAAGGCUGCGAGAAAUUGAUGACAACGAAACCGCCACCAUUACGGACAUACAGGUACACAGCUUGACACAGUCUGCAGUGGCGUGCCUGCUGGCGGAUGUCUUGGGCUUGUACUACUCGGAAGUGCUUCCACUGGCGGAAAUUGUAACGGGGCACACAGGCGGAAAUGCCCUUUUCGUCAAGCUAUGCCUACAAGGUCUCGUGGAUGACGGCGUUCUAUAUCAAGAAUUGGGAAAAUGGAAAUGGGACGAAGCUGCGCUGGUGCUGGCUCUACCAACCUCCAGCGCCAUUUUGAUAGUUCCCUUGCUGGCAAAGAAACUUCGACAAUUACCCGCUGAUGUUGGUGUGCUCGUCAAGACCAUUGCUUGUCUUGGGAGUACCUUUUCCGAAUUUAUUUUAUUCCACGCGGGAACACUGGUUUCGUCACAAGUUCUCCUGGCCUUGGGGGUAGCUGCCGACAAGGGAUUCGUCGUCUACGACGUGAAUACAGGGAUGGGUUGCUGCACUCACGACAAAUUCCGAGAGGCCGCCCUGUCACUGAUUCCAUCCGACGAUGAAAGAGAUCAAUUCCAUUUAAAGAUUGGUCGCAAUCUACGUCGCCAGCUGUCAACGGAAAAGGUCAAGGAACACAUCAUCCUCAUCGCCGACCAGCUCAAACAUGGCCUCAAUCAUCUUUCGGAUCCUGAAGAAAUGGAUGAUUUUGCUCGAGUUUUCCUUCGAGCAAGUAGGGAGGCUGCCAAGAAAUCGGCAUUUUUGGCUGCGUCGGAGUACAUCGAUUGUGGCCUCCAUGUACUCAGCAAUCGUCAUUGGCGAGAUCAGUACAAUCUUAGUCUUGAUCUCUACAGUACAGGAGCUGAGCUUGCAUACUGCAUUGGAGAACAUGAGAAAGUAGAUGCUCUAGCAAUCGCAGUGAGCCAGAAUGCUCGCUUCACUCGGGACAAAAACAGAGCAUUGGUCACCCAACUGAUGUCCCAUGCAUCCAGUGGGCAACCAGAAAAGGGUCUUGAUCUCUGUUGGACAACGUUGAAAGAUUUGAAGGAGCCAGUCCCCCGCCAGCCUGGUCUCAUGUCUGUCCUUCUCGAGAUAACGCUCGUGAAGCAGGCAAUUGGCAGCAAAACAGAAGAAGACAUUUUGGCGCUUCCUGAGCUGCAAGAUGCCCGAAUCAUUGCUGCAAUGAAAGUUCUCUAUGUUAUGAACAACAUCUUAGAAAACUGCAAGAGUGAAGAAAGUGCAAUGCUGCCAGUCCUUCGAUUGGUACGACUGAGUUUCAAGCAUGGAUUGAGUCCACUGGCUGCACUUGGUUUCCAUUUGUACGGCCUGUACCUCGUGAAAUUAGGCCAAUUGGACGAUGCAUACCGCUUUGGCAGGUUGGCAAUGAGAAUUCUGGAGAAGUUUCCAUCAAAGCAAUUGGAGGGGCAGAUCAUCUUCCUUUUCUAUCUAAUCAUUCAGGCAUCAAAGUCUUCUUUUCGGUCUAUCUUGGAACCCAUGGUGAAAGCUGGUGACUUGGCGAUGGAGACAGGUUUUAUGGAGCAUGGAAUGGCAGGCACUAUCUUUUCGUCCUGUUUCCGAAUGUUUCUAGGAGAUUCAAUUCCCUGUUGCAUGAGCAUGCUGGCCAAGUAUGAAGGUCUCUGUGGAACCUAUAGGCAACGCAAGCUUUGGUUUGUUGCAUCUUGCUCCUUGCAAAUCUGCCAGAACUUGACGGGUGGAGCCAGAAAUCCACUGAGUUUAACUGGUGACUGGUUGAUUGAAGAAGAAGCCAUUCAGCAACUGCAGGGAAAUCUAGAACACGUCCUGAUCAUAUUGCUUCAUUGCAAGUACAUGAUGCUAGUGACCAUGAAUGAGAACCUGUCUGCAGAAACUCUGCACAAGAAGCAUGCAGCACACUUUCAGGGAUUCAUCCUUCCUUUUUUCACAGUAUAUCAUAUCUUCUUUCGAGGUCUGGCAUUGACGGCACUUGCUAGAACAUGCACUGGUUGGAAUAGGCGAAAGAAACUUGCAGAAGCAAAACGGCUGCGAUCGAAGAUGAAGAAGUGGCUAGAGCAUUGCCCAGACAAUAUCACCAACAAACUGCAUUUGAUGGAUGCAGAACUGGAAUUUUGCCAGGGUCGGUUUUCUGCAGCUCUAUUGAAAUAUGAGCAGGCCAUUGCAUAUGCGAGAAAAGAGAAUUUCAUCAGUGAUCAGGCAAUCUCUUGUGAAAAGGCUGGGAGGAUGCUCCGGCACGCUGGGAGACUCUCAGAAGCGGCUGACUACUUUCAGCAGGCCAGGCAGUUGUACCAGUCAUGGGGAGCUCAGCUGAAGGUGGAUCACAUUGAAGUAGAACUUGUCAAGACCAUACGAGAAUAA